AUGAAAUGUCGUGUCUUCAUCCCGAUUUUUCUAUUUUAUAUUCUGUCUACAAGUUAUGGUAAAAUGAUAGUUUUUUAUGGGACUUUUGAUAAUCCUACAAUUUUCAAUCAAACUUUAGUUUCAUCUAAUAAUUCUUGGGUUGAUUGUAUUUGCUGGUGUCGAAAUGAGACAACUUGUUUAUUGGUUUAUAAAUCUGGUAUGUUUUGUUAUAAGAUUGGAUUUGAUAUGAGAAAUGCGACAGCAAAUAUAAGAUACACCAAUGAUCCAAAAAAUCUGGAGAUUGCCUUGAAAUCUGAUAUCACAAAUUGCACUUCAAGCAUCGAACUCUUGAAAAAUCAAAACUUUGAUCAGAUCAAAGCAUGCCCCUUUGGGUAUAGAAAACAAAUCAGAAAACGUUUCACGCUUUGUGUGAAAGCGUUGUAUUUGACGGAACAAACAAAUAUAUCUGUUGGACUUCAAGAAUGUUCUAAAUCAGGUGAUAAACUAUUGGGCUUUGAGAAUAAAUACGAAGUAGAAUAUUGGAGUAUUGAUAGAAGACCAAAAGGUUUCAACAGCACUAAUAUGUUCAUAGCAUUGUUCAAAGACAGUAGCCAAUUUGAGUGGACUGAACGUUGGAUAACUGGAAGUGGAGAAAUGUCAUGGGCUGAUGAUUAUCCGUCAAAUAAGUAAGUAAAAUAGCUAUGCCUAAUGCAAAUUUAAAAAAACCAUAUUUCUUGCAGAGAUAGAUGUGCAUAUUUGCUAGUUGGAACAUUGAAACUGAUAAGUGGAAAUUGUUUAUGCGCUCCGAACUUUUCUCAAAUGAUAGUUCUUUGUGGUAAUCUUGUUUGAGGAAUAAAGUUUAAAAAUAUGUUGAAAACUUUUGAUUAACCGAAAAAAAGCAUUACAAAUUUAUCCCGGACUUUCCCGAACAAGACUUUAUUUUUAUUUCAUUUUUUUGACAUAACAUUUUUUCAAAUUCCCGAAGUCUGAUUUUGAAAUUCCCAUUAGUUCUUUGAAAAUAAAAAUGAAUGAUAAAUGGUUGACACCAAGAAAAUCACCAUGACACUAUCUACUUUUUUGAGGAAAACAUUUGGCUUCUCUCAAAAACAUGUUUUCUCGAUCUACUGUUCUUUUUAUUCCACUUUUUAUUAUUUUCUAUGUGGCAAAUGGUAAAAUGAUAGUUUUCUAUGGAACUUUUAAUAAACCUACAAUUUUCAAUCGAGCUUUGGUUUCAUCUAAUGACUCUUGGGUUGAUUGUAUUUGCUGGUGUCGAAAUGAAACAACUUGUUUAUUGGUUUAUAAAUCUGGUAAUUUUUGUUACAAGAUUGGAUUUGAUAUGAGAAAUGCGACAUCAAAUAUAAGAUACACCAAUGAUCCAAAAAAUCUGGAGAUUGCCUUGAAAUCUGAUAUCACAAAUUGCACUUCAAGUAUCGAACUCUUGAAAAAUCAAAACUUUGAUAAGCUUAAAGCUUGUCCAAAUGGUUAUCACAAACUAACAAGAAUAAACUAUAUAAUUUGCGCAAGAACUAGAUAUUUGCGUAACCAAAAUACAUCAUUUUCGGGUCUCUUGAAAUGUUCUGAAGAAGGUGAUAAGUUAUUAGGUAAAUUUUUCUGUGAUCUUUCAUUUUGUCUUCAAUUUUUUUAGGCUUCGAAAACAAAGACGAAGUUUCAUAUUGGAAUAUUGAUAGAAGACCUAAAGGUUUCCAAAGCACUAAUAUGUUCUUAGCUCUGUUUGGAAAUACUACUACAGCAUUUCAUUGGACUGAACGUUGGAUAACUGGAAAAGGAGAAAUGCCAUGGGCUGUCGGAUAUCCGCAUAAGGUGUACGUGAAAAACUUAGGCAUUUUGAACCUAGAAAAAUAAUUGUAGAGAUACCUGUGGAUACAUGGAGAUCGGAACAUCAAAACUGAAAACUGCAAAUUGUGACGGGAACGCUCAAAUUUCUCAAAUGAUAAUUCUUUGUGGUAGUCCUAUAUAA